AUGACGCUGACCGGAUCUUCACAAGCGUUGGGGCGCCUGCAAAGGAGAACAAAUAAGGCCUCUUCAUCCUUCUCAUUCUCUUUUGCCACAAAGAAACAUGAAGAUCCUUUGAGAAUUUGUCUGAGGGUGACUUCAGACAGUAAAGUAGUUUGGUUAAUCUUAUGUGUUCACUUACAGAAUCUGCCUAGAUUCCAACCUGAGAAUCUGGAGAAGAACAAGACUAUAUUCGAGAGGGUAAAUGAAAUGGCGACGAAGAAGGGAUGCACUCCAUCUCAGCUUGCAUUGGCAUGGGUUCACCACCAAGGAAAUGGUGACUGCCUCAUUCCUGGAACCACCAAAGUUGACAAUUUUAACCAAAACGUUGGUGCUUUAUCUGUGAAACUUGCACCACAAGAAAUGGCAGAACUCGAGUCCUUUUCUGUUGUGGACGCUGUCAAAUGUGAUAGAUACACCGGCGAUCUAAUUACCUGGAAGAACUCUGAUAGUCCACCACUCUCUUCUUGGAAAGCUGUUUAAUUUUCUUGCUGUUGAUUUGUUCUUUCAAUUAAUUAAGUAAUCUGAAGUUUGGACUCUGUUCCAGAUAACUUCAUGUAUGUGUGUGUGUUUCUCUGUCUAAAUAAACAAAAGACUUAAGCA